AUGAGUAUAAAGAACAAAAUUGAUAUGAGCCUUGAUGAGCUCAUAGAGAAGGAAAACAUAAAAGCCAACCAGAAGGGUCCCAACGAAAAGAAGACAGUUAACAAGUCUAUUGAAAAAAGCACAGGGCAAAAGUACCUGCAUAGUAUAAUCAUUUCAAAUGUGAACAGCAACAACUUGGAGCUGUACAAAAAGGAAUUCAGCAAAUUUGGGAAAAUUUAUAAUAUUUAUCACGACAGUGAGAAGAAGAUCACAUACGUAAAAUAUGAUAAUAAAAACUCCUGCGAUAAUGCCAUAAAGUCCAUGAACGGUAACCCCCUGGAUGGGGACACCUUAACGAUAGUGAUGGGAAAGAAAAUACCAGACAAGAAGAACAACAAAGGCUCCAACCAAAACAACCACGUCAACAACAACAACAACCAUAAGCACAAUAAAAUCAUCCCUCCUUUUAAAAUGCCCGUGUACAAUCCUAACGGUCCCUACCCUUACUAUAUGAAUAAUAAUCAUGGCAAUCACCACCCGCCUCCCUAUGGCCACAUGCCCUACCAGAGCCCCUACCAGAGUAACAUGUUCGACAAGGGCAUGCCCCCGUUUAGUGGCGGGGGGAAACACCUUUACGAUAACCAAAAGAAUAACACCAUCAUAGUGACGAACGUCCCCACGUACCUAAACGCGGAAGAUAUUUUUUCAGCCUUUCAAGAGACGGGAAAAAUCGUCGAUGUGCAGAUCCUCAUGAAUGAGAAGAGAAAACUAACUGGCAUCGUCAGCAUCGAGUACGAAAAAAACGAGUCUGCCUCGGACGCAGUGCGUAUGUAUGAUGGAGGAUUUCUGAACGACAACAGGAUUAGGGUCUUCCUGGACUGCCGCUAA